AUGAGUGGUGGAAAAGAACCGACCCCUUUUCAUGUCAUGGUCGCAGAAGAAGUUCACAGUCUGACAAGAUCUAAAGAGCUCAUAACUGCCCUCAAUCGCCAUGGUAUUUGUGUUAGCUACAACACAGUUAAGAGAAUUGAUGUGGACAUCGCGGAACAGAUAAUAUCCACGGCAGGUGACAAUAGAAUACAACUUCCUCCUGUCCUAGAAUCAUCAAGCCCACUCAACGCAGCCAUGGGUAACUUUGAUCGCAAUGAAAGUAGACUUGCUGGCACAGGUUCCACACACGAUACCAUUCUUGUUCUUUUCCAGAAUGUCCCAACAACCAACAGCGAAAAUCCAUCAGACGAAAGUAAUAUAUCGACAAGACCAUUUUUCGCUCAGAGUAGGACUACAGUAAAGCUUAGAUCUAAAGUCCGUUGUCAACAGCUUAUCAGAAUGGGAGCAAUGAAAGAACGUGGAAAGAUAGGCGAGGAUUUCGAAGUAUCGGAGUCUGUCUUCAAUCCGUAUUCAACAUUUACAGAAAGAAACAAUACCUCAACCUCCGAAACACCCGCAACUGGUGCCUCCUCAACAACAGAAUCCAUCUCAGUAACGUGUGAUUAUCUAAACACUUCUGCAGUAAUUUUAGAGCCUUCUGUUGAAGCAACAGGCGAUAUGCCUAAUCCCAAUGUGGUCGGAACGUCAACUGAUUCAUCUUCAAAGACAACAGAUCUGGUUUCAUCAUUUAGCCUUUGCAAACAAUCAAUGAAAUCGAUACGUUUGGACUACUUUCUUUGGUUGGUGAACUGCUAUAAUUGGAAAGGCAAUGGAGAUGGGCUAUGUUGUCCCGGGAUUUACAGCCUUGGGAAGUUCCACCGUGAACUUGAAUUUCCAUGCUACCACAAAAUUUUAACUCCAAUCCUCCCAUAUCCAGCUACCACAUACGAUGCAAUACUAACCACAAUGAUCAACUUUCAAGAUGCCUUGAAACAGAAAGGUGAUUCUUACGGUGGGUUAUGGGCUGACGAGGGUGUUUAUCGUAUUGCGAAUGAAAUACAGCUUCUAAAACCAGAACAGUUUAGUAACAUAUUUCUUGGCCUUGGGGGAUUUCAUAUGGAAAAGAUUGUUCUUGCGUGUCUUGGUGCGUAUUUGGAGCCAUCCGGGAUUUUUUCUGUUUUAGUCGAGACCGAGUGUUAUGGACCGGAUACCAUUAACAGCGUAAUCUCCGGUUCCCAUUAUUCUAGAACUCGCACUGCCCAUUCAAUGAUACAUGAAGUGCUCAUGUCCAUGAUGUUCAAAGCGUUUAUAGAGGAAAACCCCGAGAAAGAAAUGGAAGUCGAGGGAUUCGUUAUUGAUUGUCAAUCUAUUAACAUUGGUAAUGAAGUGUGGAAUGCCAUGAAAGAACGAGUUGAAACCACGGAAGAAGACUUUGAGCUAUAUAUAAAAGAAAUGCAUUCGAAAUCCAAGUCUUUUGCUUUUUGGAACACAUAUGUCUCCGACCUCUACCCAAUGUUCUUCUUUGGCAGAACAAACUACUGUAGAUGGACACCAAUGUUCCUACAAGACUGCUAUCAACUGAAAGAUAAGUUUCCUCUCCUUUACAAAUCAUACAUGGACAGUGGAUUCGUUAUGAACGGUAACAGGAAAGGGAGUGGAGUUCCAUUUGACCAAGCUCUGGAACAGUGUUACAACCGACCGGCAAAAGUUAGUGGCGGCAUAAUUGGGGUGACAAGAAAGAAAGACGCAGUGGCUUUGUGGGACAUCAUCAAACACAAGAAAGACCAGUAUGUUCAUCUUCUAAAGAUGCAAGAAGAUGUUGAAGGAGAAUUGUCACUUCAUCACGACUUUAAUGAAAGUACCGCAACAAAGAUUUCUGCAAUGGUUCAGGAAAUAGAUACAUAUCUUCUUAUGUGGUUCAAUACUAGACCAGGACACACUUAA